GUCUUUACAGGUGUCUCAUCCAAAAACGGAUAAGAAAUUAAGAGCGGGAGCCCAAAAAACCCUCUCUCUCUCUCUCAAACUCCGAAAUCAAAUGGCAACUGCUUCACUGUCUCCGUUCUUCUCAACGUCCACAUCCCCAAAAUAUCCUCUCAAAACAUCGCCACCGACAACAAUUACUGCUAUAGUGUGUAAAAAUCGAUCCAACUCAACUCUAAGGAGGCAAAUUUUAAAAGGAAUUGCAGUAUCUCCUCUCAUUUUGAUAAAAGAAGCUCCCAUUUCAGAAGCUAAAGAGGUCGAAGUUGGCUCUUACUUGCCGUCUUCCCCAUCUGAUCCUUCCUUUGUUCUCUUCAAAGCUUCUCCUAAAGACACCCCUGCUCUUCGCGCAGGAAAUGUGCAGCCUUAUCAGUUCAUCCUUCCACCAACCUGGAAGCAAGCGCGUGUAGCAAAUAUAUUAUCUGGUAAUUAUUGCCAACCCAAGUGUGCAGAGCCUUGGGUUGAGGUAAAAUUUGAGGAUGAGAAGCAGGGAAAAGUCCAAGUUGUAGCUUCUCCUUUGAUACGCUUGACCAAUAAACCUAAUGCAACGAUUGAAGAGAUUGGAACCCCUGAAAAGUUGAUUGCUUCACUUGGCCCUUUUGUAACUGGAAACUCGUAUGAUCCGGAUGAGCUCUUAGAAACAUCGAUUGAAAAGCUUGGAGACCAGACGUACUAUAAAUAUGUGCUCGAGACACCAUAUGCUCUUACGGGUACUCACAAUCUCGCAAAGGCAACAGCAAAGGGAAGCACAGUUGUGUUGUUUGUGGCCAGUGCUAAUGAUAAACAAUGGCAAGCAUCAGAGAAAACUCUAAAAGCCAUUAUUGACUCCUUUAUAGUGUAACAUUUUGCGGAGCUAAAGGUAAAAGGGUUUAUAUUUGAGUCAUUGAAGUUUUAGGAAGGUUUAUUCAAUUAAAAUUUUUAAAGAUUAUGAUAGAGUUUAAAAGUCAUAUGUAUCCAAUAAUAACUUUGAAAAAUUUUGUACGA